GUAAUUUGGGUGUUCAACAGCCACCCAAUCCCCCACCGCCACCACAGCAGGCAUCACCUGCCACAUCCCAGUGGCAGCAGCAGCAACCGGUGUCUCUAGCUCCCUGGCAGCAGCAGCCUGCAGUCUCCUCGGUGAUGUCCAUGCCACCCAUGCAGCUGUCGGCACCGGUUCAGUCAACGCCGCUCAUGACGUCAGGCGUUCCUCCACCUCCUCAGCCUGGUGUGGCACCACAGUUCACUUCAUAUGCGCACCUGCCCCCGAUGGGUUUCAACAACCAGAGGAUGCCCAGCAUGACCCAGAUGAUGAUGCCGGGUCCACCUCCACCACCACCACCCAGCUAG